AUGACCCCGGAAAAUUAUGAUGUCAUCAGAAAGGUUUUGGUUGAAAAAUAUGGGCAACCACAUAGGAUCAAAAAAUCGCUUUAUAGUGAGUUACAUUCCACCAAGAAAAAUGAUAAGGAAUGGAAGGUAACAGUCGAAGCAGUUGAAAGAAUACUUCGAGAACUAGAAGCUAUGGGCGAAAACUUGGAACAAUCAAGUGUCAAGAUCAAAAUGCGUGCAAAAUGCGUGCCCCAAUCUGGACAUGCUACACCAAUUGCAACAGAAGGAAGCGCACAUGCCUUCACUGCAAGGGCCCUCACAACACCGCGUUCUGUGAAGUUAAAUACAAUGAUUGCACACAACCAAUGGGAUCAACAACAUCGGUGGUUGAGAGUAAAUCGUUGA